CAUGGCGUAGCGUAACAACUCGGGCAAUGCCAUGAAGCUCUUCGUGACUUUUGCGGCGGAGGAGGAGGUGCGCUUCGUGGUGCUGGUGGAGCCCUCGAGCAGCGUGGCUUCGCUGCGGCAAAAGAUUCUGGCGGACUUCCGGUCGGUGUUCCCCAGCAGGCUACCGCUGUGCUUCUUCCGGAUUGCCAGCGAAGAUGGCUUCUUCCUGACCGAUGCGGCUGCUGUUGGCCAAGUACUUGCCGACGGCGGAACGGUGACCUGCCACCGCGCCGAUGCGGAGGUGGCGGGCGCCCCGCUGCCUGAGCAGCCUAGUGCUGAAGAGAUGAGCGGCAUUUUUGCAACCUUCCGAGCGCAGGUGUCGUACGUGGCGAGCGCCGUGUGCCACGCCGCCGCGAAAGCCGGAAGCGAGGCCGCAGGGGAUGCAAUGUCCAUUCUGUUGGCCAUGCUGAUGCUCCGGGGCCCGCAGCUCAGCCAGGCGCGGCUGGCGGCCUUCGAGGCCUUGCAGAAGAGCUUGCCCUCGCAGGACGGCGCUUCGCUGCCUGCCUUCUUGGGUGCUGGAGGAAUCUUCGUGCUGCUUGGCAUGUUGUCUCCAUCCACCAAGCUGGAGUCCGAGCCGGAGGUGGAGCGCGCCGCGCAGCUCUUUACGGAGCUGGUCCAGCAGCACGGCACCGCUCUCGCGCCGGUCCUGGAGGACUGCCACCCCGGGGCCUUGCUGCAGAAGCUGGCGAAGGACUCCCGGUGCUCCGCAAAGACGAAGCAGCAUGCCUUGGCAGGGAGGAGAGCCUUGGAGAGAGCUGGGCAUCCGCCCAGGGCGCGGGCGGAAAGCCUGGCGGACCGCAGGCUGCAAUCGGCGGGUGCCGCUGUUGCACAUGCUGGCGACUCUCCAGGUCGGGGCCACAGCCGGUCAUCCUCAGAGAGGCGCACCCCAACACCUUUGCUGCCGGGUGGAGUGACUCUGCGCAUGCUGCUGGAUCAGGGCCUUUCCUGGGACUCUGCGCAAAUGCGGCGCGCCUUGUCAGAGUUUGAGGCCAAAGUGGCAAACAGCUCCGAGGUGGCUUUGCGAGAGCUUGCUGCGGACUCAGGCUGUGCAGAGGUGGUGGCCAGGAGUCUGCGCUCCAGGGCGGCGCUGCCGCUCAGCUCUAUCCUGGCAAGAUUCGUAGGCGACGCGCGGGCUCGGAGCACAUUUGCACAGCUCUUCAGCAAGUAUCUGCGCUUCGCCGAGGCUGUCGAGGCGGCGGCUUCCUGGCCGCCACCGUUGGGUCCGCUGCUGGCGGUGCUGGAGGAAGAUCUGCUGCAAGCUGCGAAGGUCAGGCCAGUCACUGCUGAGAUCACGGCCCUGCUGGCCCUUCUCAAUGUCCAAGUGGCAGAGCUCCAGGCCUUCGGCUUGCGGAUGAUGCGGAAGCUUCUGGACCCCAACACGCGGCUGGCGGCGGAUGCGGCGAGAGAGGUGUCCCCCAAGGCCAUCAACCAGGCGCUGUCUUCGGUGAUGCCCACGCACCCGUUGGCAUGCUUGGACAUCCUUGGGACGCUGGCGUUGAAGGAGGACUUCCGGAACUAUUUCUCCUCCCAGCUGUCGCUUCUGAAGUUCUUAGCUCACUGCUGCCAGCCGGACAAGACGCCGUCGCCUUCGGGGGAUCAGCUUGCGGUGCAGAGAGCCGCCAGCAGGUGCCUGGCGCACCUGGCGUCCCUGCCGGCCGUGAGGGACUGGGCGCGGAAGUCCGCGCUCCAAGGCCUCCAUGCUUCAACCAGCGAUCUCACAGUGCGCGCUUACAUAGGCAUUGCACUGGGCCUCGCUGAGACAGAGCGCUAACGAGUAGACGAGAUUCCCUGAUGUGUCGGGAACCGGAAGCCCGGGAGCAAUGCGCCGGCU